AUGGCCCAGCAAGGCAAAGUCGAGCCGCAGGACCAGGACUCCUUUCUGGAUGACCAGCCUGGAAUCCGCCCCAUCCCGUCCUUCGAUGACAUGCCGCUGCACCAGAACCUUCUCCGUGGUAUCUACUCGCACGGUUUUGAGAAACCCAGCAGCAUUCAGCAGCGCGCCAUUGUUCCAUUCACCCGCGGUGGUGACAUCAUUGCCCAAGCGCAGUCCGGUACGGGAAAGACAGGUGCCUUCUCCAUUGGUCUUUUGCAACGCCUUGACUUCCGCCACAACUUCCUUCAGGGGCUUGUGCUGUCACCCACACGAGAACUUGCGCUGCAAACGGCGGAGGUCAUUACUCGUAUCGGUGAAUUCCUUGCUGAGGGAAACAGAUCGUUUUGCGCAACUUUUGUUGGUGGCACGCGUGUGCAGGAGGAUUACCGCAAACUCCAAGCUGGCAGCAUUGUGGCCGUUGGUACGCCCGGUCGUGUAGUCGACGUGACAAAGCGAGGUGCUAUGCGAACAGAGCAGUUACGUGUUCUUGUGCUUGAUGAGGCCGAUGAGAUGCUCUCUCAGGGUUUUGCAGAGCAGAUUUAUGAGGUGUUCCGCUACUUACCUAAGGAAAUUCAAGUUGCUCUCUUUUCUGCCACCAUGCCAGAUGAUGUUUUGGAGCUGACGAAGAAGUUUAUGCGUGAUCCCACACGUAUUCUCGUGAAGCGCGAGAGCCUUACCCUUGAGGGUAUCAAGCAAUUUUUCAUCGCCGUGGAGGAGGAACACAAGCUCGAUACACUUAUGGAUCUCUACGAGACAGUAAGCAUUGCGCAGAGUGUUAUCUUUGCUAAUACCCGUCGCAAGGUUGACUGGCUUGCCACACAACUUAACAGCAGCAACCACACUGUCAGCUACAUGCACUCUGAGAUGCCGAAACAGGAACGUGAGAAGGUCAUGAGCACCUUCCGCAACGGGAGUUCCCGCGUGUUAGUCACCACCGACCUCGUGGCUCGCGGUAUUGAUGUACACCAUGUGAACAUUGUGAUCAACUUUGACUUGCCUACGAACAAGGAGAACUACCUCCACCGUAUUGGACGUGGUGGUCGUUACGGACGUAAGGGUGUGGCCAUCAACUUUGUCACGCAGAAGGACGUGGAGGUUCUGCGCGAGAUUGAGUCCCACUACCACACACAGAUUGACGAGCUGCCGGUGGACUUCGCCGCAUACCUCGGCGAGUAA